GUCCCCACUCACUGUCCUCUAAGAGCCCGGCAGUCUUUGUGAGCCACUCUCCCUGUGGCUCCACAUCACUGUGAUUCUCAGCCACCGGACGUUGUGUCUGCAGGUCUCUUCUACAAAUGGUGUCUCUUCAAUUCCUCCUCUGUCUCCCCUUGUCUCUCUCUUUCUCUCAGUCACUCUCUCCAUGAGUCUGACUCUCAGUCUGUCUCUCAUUCUCUCUCAGCUGCUCCAUCCUCCCUCCAUCCUUAAGGGUCUGGUCUCCACCCUCCUACCUCCCCCAGUUUACAGAUGGAGAGACACCGUCUCCAUCCCUUCCUCUCCACCUAGCUCUCUCUCUCUUUCCACUUCUCUCUCCCUCUCAAUCUGUCUAGAUUCUGAGUCUCUUGGUCUCAGACCCUACAUUGUGUGUGCAUCAGAGGGAGGUGGUUAUCAGUCCUUGUCUGCCCAAUAAUAUCCCAAGGGGACAGGAAGAGAGAGAGAAAGAGAGAGAUGGAGAGACCUGGGCCCCAGGGCCCCUCAGACUCACCUGAGAUCGACCUUCAUGCCAGGUGCUGAAUGAUGACCACAGCAGGAAACCCCUGGGGCUGGUUCCUGGGGCACCUUAUCCUCGGGGUCACAGGAUCCCCGGCCUCGGGCGGCAGCAACCGCAUCAUAAACGGCGAGGACUGCCACGCGCACUCGCAGCCCUGGCAGGCGGCGCUGUUCUUGGAAGACGAACUUCUCUGCGGGGGCGUCCUGGUGCAUCCGCAGUGGGUGCUGUCAGCCGCACACUGUUUCCGGGAUUCCUACACCAUUGGGCUGGGUCUACACAGUCUCGAGGCCGACCAAGAACCAGGCAGCCAGAUGGUAGAGGCCAAACACUCCAUACAGCACCCAGAGUACAACAAACCGUUUUUCGCCAACGACCUCAUGCUCAUCGAGCUGAAAGAAUCCGUGUCCUGGUCUGACACCAUCCAAAACAUCAGCAUCGCCUCCCAGUGCCCGACCCCUGGGGAUUCUUGCCUGGUUUCUGGCUGGGGGAAGCUGAUGAAUGGCAGACGGCCCAAAGUGCUCCAGUGCGUGAACAUCUCUGUGGUGUCCGAGGAGAUCUGCAAAGCAGUCUAUGCCUCGGUGUACCACCCCAGUAUGCUCUGUGCUGGUGGAGGCCAGGACCAAAAGGAUUCCUGCCACGGUGACUCUGGGGGUCCCCUGGUCUGCAAUGGGUACCUGCAGGGCCUCGUGUCCUUUGGACAAGCCCCGUGUGGCCAACCCUCCGUGCCCGGCGUCUACACCAACCUCUGCAACUUCACGGACUGGAUACAGAAAACCAUCCAGGCCAGUUAA